AAUGACAGUCUGCAUAACUCGAGCCAUAGCUCGAACUUCUCGAAUCUUCGAUAGACUGCUGAACGAUGCGAACAACGUAUCCGUUCAUACUCGUUCAGGCAGUCGCUUUGUUUUUUACCGAGACAAAGUCUGACCCGGUUUUCUCGGUAAAUAUUAUCAAAAGACUGGUCCAGGAUCUUCAAACUUCGCCGUCUGGAUACAGCUUCAGUCACCAUAGCGACAGUCAUCAUCCUGGGGGAUACAAGGCGAAUGUCAAACAUGGCACGACGAAGAUGUCUCGGCGAAUCGGGAUAAGGAGUGCGACAAAUAUGAAGAGCGCCGGGCCCAGUUCUCUCGGGGGUUCCGUGAACCACGAUAUGACUCGAAGUUAUCAGCUCGCUGGAAGUUAUGGGUUUGUGAUAUCCCACGGAUUUAAUGUCGGGGAAAAUGACGACGCGACCCCAGUCAGCGAUGCACAUUACGGAGCGAGUAAUGCUGAUCCUGUUAGUAUUGCGGUUUUGCAGCUGAACAAGGAGGACUCUAAUGAACCGAAUGUCAACCCUAACGUAAAGGCUCAGAGAAUCGGGGUCGACUCCGAAGAAGAAACAUACGGAUCGUACUCGGAUUAUGACAAGCUUUUCGAUCAUGACAAAAACUCACCAUCCGUCAAUCCGCAGCAAUAUUACGGAUCGGAUCUCCAGGAUGAACGAAAAGAAAAAUAUGCCAUGCAGGAUGGAUACGGUGAAUCUAAUAACGGCGGGAAUGAGGGGACAAAUGUUGAAACCGAGAAAUAUAUUAGAACUGAAGAUUCCAGUGACAAGGGGCGAGGAGACCAAAUCGAUGAUGGGAAGGGUGAAAAAUAUUUUGACAUGGUGUACGGUGGGUUCAGUUACUCUAAUCCCAGUAAGAGAAUAGAAUCAUAUGAGGAAUACGGCGACAAUGAGAGUCACGAAAAAUACAGCGAGCCUUUGGAAAAAGAAUCUCAGCUGGUUACGGAUGACAAAAGUAAUUACGACAAACUGUACCCGUCCAUCGAUUGGAGCCAAUAUAAUAUAGAUCCGAAAUUCGAAUUUGCGGACGACUUCUUGGCAGAUGAUUUCUUCAAAGAAUACAAUGAAUUUUUCUACGGCAGUCGUGGCAAGUCUGGGCAUGAUCAUGAUUUUCACUUCGAACACGAAGAUCACGGCGAUCACGGCUUCGAGGAUGACAGUGGCCAUCAUUUCGAAGGUGGGCACAGCGCGCAAGAUUUUUUCGACCAUUCGGACUUCGGCGGUGAUUAUUACGAAACGGGAGCUGGUGAAAAGAACAAUAACUUUGGAGAAAAGAGUGGUAGCAAAAAGAGCAUAAAAGAAACGGGGUAUCAUAAUGUACUGCACAAAGAUGAAUUUAACAAAGAUCACACAUUCUACUCAAACGCGGACCAGGAUGGUCAUUUCGAUAAAGAGAAAGAUUACCAUGGGCAUCAUUCCCUGCACGGCAAGAAUCACGAAAAUGCCGGUUAUCAGGACUCUCGCUCGCACGAUGACCAUCACGGGAAAGGUUACGACACAGACAAGGGGCACUACGACAAUGACGAUAUUUCUCAUCACGACGAAGACGAUCACACGUCCUUUUUCGGUGAUAAAUCCGAGUAUAACGAUGCCGGGGAUGAUGAAUAUGACAUCGAACACGAAGAUAGCCAUGAGUAUUGAAAGCUGAUCGUGAACUAAAUAGCUUACCUCGAUGUGUAAAUUAGCUUUCUAAGGCCUCGUAGAUUCGAAGUUUCAGCCUUCGAGGGUAAGGCAAGCCCCUUAGUGGCUGCAGGUGAAUAAUUAGUUGAUGGUAGGUAAGCCUUGGACGAUUGGUACGUGCAUUUGACUUUCUGCAGAGAAAUUUCAGUAACGUUAUUGCCCAACUAGAAAUAACACAGGACUUAUGAUGUGUACAUUAUAUGCACCUACGAUGAAUUGAAAGAAAUAGUGCACACAGCAUGGAUACUAGCAAAUUGUCAUUAGCGCAACAACGCCAUAUUAUAUCUUGUACAAUAAAUAACCAUAUAAUAAAAUAACGUUACAGAGUCGAUACAUUUGCCAUGAAUAAAAUCAUAUCACGCUUAUAUUUCAUCGCCCACUAAUAGAUUUUUUUGACAUAGUCAUCCGA